AUCCACACACCCACUUCAACCGCCUUUAAUCUUUCAUUAUUUCCUCUCCUUUUGAAUAUUGUACAUUAUCAACGUACAUGUUAAAUUUUCUUAAAUCUAACAAAUCAUUGUAUCACCAUCAUCAUAACUCUUUAAUUUGUAAAUAAAUUAAAGAAUUUUAAUAAAUUUUACCUUCAAUUCACCAUCUUGAUUAAUUUCGUCAACUUGCUGCUCAAAUAGAUCUAUUUACUCAUUGAUAUUGAGACAAUCAACAUGAUUUUCAUCAAUAGCUGAUAUCAAUCAGGAUUUGAAUUUGAUAUUCAUAUUGGAAAAAAAUUGCUUUUUAUACAUAUUAGAUAGUAUGUAAAUGAUGAUUAAGUUUCUAGCUGUUGAAAAAAAAACAAUAUUUAUUCAUCUAUCAUUAUUGAUACUUACGAAGAUUCUAUGUACGGAGUUAUUUCAGUAUUUUAGUUGAAUACGAUAAGAAUUAUCGAAAUUCAUCGCUUGGGUAAAAAAUAUCAGAUGGAAUAUAUUUCUAUAUAUAUCUCACAAAUAUGUUUAGAUGUGUUUCAUCACUUCCUCGACAUUUUAGUCCAAGGCUAAUGAUUAACAUUUAAAGAAGUAUACAUUUUAAUCAUAAAUUCAUUCUCUUAACAGAAAAUAUAAAGAGCCCAGCAUACAUGUGAUAAUGUUCGAUAAUAAAAGCCAUAGAGAACGAGCCAAACAAAAAAAGGUGGGAUUAAACAAACAAUAUUCUUCGAUAAUGACAGAUAAAACAAACGAAAACAAAAUAAGAAACAAACAAAACAAAGAGGAAAAUUUUUGUAAAACAGUAAUCAUUUUGUUAAACAAUUAGAAAAAUAAGAAUGGUGAUAAAGAUAAAAUAAAUGCAUCCUGUUGUUAUUUUUUUAUAUUUUAUAUUUAAAAAAGAAAUAAUAAAAACAAUGUUUAUCAAUGUUGACUUGAAUAAUCAAUUAUUCUUUUCGUUGUAUUAGGUUUUGUAAAGAGAAAAAAUAUUCUUAUUCAUAAAUAAUUCUAAUUUUUCAUGCAAAGAAUCUAUGUGCUCAUAAAAGAUUCGAAGAAUUUCCCUUUUAGUACAAUAUCACUUACCAAUCUGCAUAUUCAAUGUCAAUAGAAAAAAGUAAAUGAAAUUCAUUCGACUUUAUCUAAUGCUACAUUAUAUCUUUUUGCAUUCAUUGAAACCAACGAGAAAAAGAUUUUAUGAAUUAACUACUACGGAAAAUAAUCUGAUGGUUGCAAACCAAAUUUUUUUUGUGUGAAUGUGAGGAUGUGGGUGUGAGUGUUCUUCUUACCUUCACACCGACAUUCACCCGAACCCCCAUACUCACUGCCUAAUCUGUUAAAUUUUCAUUUCUUUUUUUAUUCGUUAACCUACCCUGUAUGGUUUAUGAUCACAAUUAUCAACAAUUUUUUUUCUCGAUCUUCUCUCCAUCUCCAUUAUUAUUAUUCUCCAGCAUAAGAUUUCACUAGCCUGAAAAUUUACGAUUAAGAUAGGCUCAUUUUCUCUUUCUUUUUGGUGACUUAUUCUUAUUGUUCUAUUUACGAGUUCUUUACUUUCUCGUAUCUUGCAUUGUUAAUCUAGUUUUAUAGAAACAAUAAAAAUUUAUAUACAAAAAAAGCAAACGAAAGUUGUAAAGAAUGACCAUAAAAUAAAUGAUGUUGCCGGAGCUCUUUCUCUUUCAUUGGUCGCUAAUAACCAUAUUAUCAAAUGAAACUACAUGGAAUUUGGCCUUAAGUGUCACCGAAAAAAACACUCACAUUUGACGUGCCAGAAAAAUCUAGAUAAAAACAGUCAACAGCAAAUAUAUAAAUCGAAAAUAGUGGUCUCUAUGCAAACAAUAAUCUACUAUUCAUCAGAGUCUAGUAUCGAUGAAACUCCAAAAAUGAUUUUCACAAUGAGCCGACAACGACGACAACGUAUGACUGAGAACUACUUAGUCAUCUGGGCUGAUGGAAAUAUUGACUUUGCAAAUGAAGAUUGUUAAAAUAUAUUCGCAGAACUGCGCAGUGUCGUCAACGAAGUUAAUACAUGCACUACAGCGGAAGAGUGUAUCCAAAAUCUUCAAGAAAACAAGGAGAAGACCUCGUUUGUUAUCUCUUCGGGUGCACUUGGACAACAUCUUGUACCUGACAUACAUAAAAUGGCAAAAUUAGAAGCCAUUUAUAUCUUAUGUGACAACGAACAACGGCAUGAAGCCUGGACUAAAACCUGGACCAAAAUUAAGGGUGUACACACAUCGAUCAAAUCGAUAUGCAACAAAUUGAAAACUGUUGUCAAUCAAUGCAAUCAAGACAGUGUCACAAUUAGAAUUAUCAGUGUCAAUGAAGCAAGUUCUACUGAAAAUCUCAAUCAACUGUACUUGACAAGUAACACUCGUCUCUAAGAAUGACUUAACUCUUAACUAAAUGCAAUCUAUGCAUCUCAAUUAUCUACCUUCUUAAUAACGAUUUUCAACAAUUUGAGAAUCUUGAGUUGUUAUUCAUAAAUUGACUAAACGUUUUUUUCGACAAUGUUUUAGUAGCCUAUCGCUGCUGUGCUUUCUUCUCUUUUCAACAAAUAUUUUUGUUUUAAUUCCCAAGGUUUAUUAUGUCUGUCACAGUCACGUAUGGAAAUUUAUUUCAAGUCAAUGACUAAAGAGGAAGAAGAAAAAAUGCAAGCAACAUGAUUGGUCUUCUAUUAUUUAUCACACUAGAAAAUGGCUGUCAUAGAAACGACACAAAAAAAGAAUGAGUAUCGUGUGUUUGAGUAGUAGGCAGAACGAGUUUUUCUUCUUUCUUGCGAACAAACUUUUACAAUGCUUAUUCAUUCUCAAAACUUACACUAUUACUUGACUUUGACAAAAAAAUAUAAAUAAAACUUGUCUCGUUUAUUUAUUACAAGCCAAAAUCAAUCAACUGUCAUUCAAGUAAUCAAUGUCAGCUCCAAUACCACCAGCUACGUACGUCUUCAUUUUUUCAGUCUAAAAUUAAGAUAAUAAAAAUUCUAUUUAAACAUUUUUUUUUCACAUAUUGUAGGCCGUACUGCAGUCUUACUGAUGCGCAUUUGCAAAAUCACUUCACAAAAAAUCGCAUAAAACAGCAUUUACGCAGGGCUGGUUUAGUAUGUUUAUGUGCUAUUAUAAAGAUCGCUAGUUUUUUUUAAAUUUUUUUCUAUGUAUGUAUGUAGCUAAAUAGAAAUGGAUACAUUGUAACAGAGGCCGAAUAUGAAAAUCGACUAAUGGAUAUUGAAAUUGGACGUCAAAAUCGACGUAAAUAUGAUGAAGCACUACUUGAAGUGUUAAUUGAAUUGGGUGAAGAACAAUAUAAAUUACUUUGCCAGGAAAUGGAAAAAAUCAAGAAGGAAUUACAACAUCAAUUUCGACGAAUAGAAGUACUUUGCUUACGGUUGAUCAGUAUAACGAAUUUCAUUGUUCUUCAUUAA